AUGUUGUCGCAGCUUGAAGAUGGUGGCACUGGUGCAGUUGACCCGGUGCUGAACUUCAUCAAUGGUAGCCCAUUCAGAGAGGUGGCUGCCAAGGAUCAGUGCCAGAGCUUCGGUGCAAAGUCCCACCUCGCCUCUAUCCACAAUCCGGAGGAGCAGAGAGUCAUUGCCAACCUCAUUGCCCGUGCUCACGGCUAUGACGAUGAAGUCUGGAUUGGACUCCACAUUGCUGGACGGAGUGACAACUGGGCAUGGGUCGAUGGCUCCCCCACGGUCCAUGAGGCCUGGCACAAGUACAGGAGACGUUACUCUUGGAAGGGGGAGAACUGCGCAGCCCUGGAAGACGACUCAGGUUACAUGACCUGGGACAAGGACUCCUGCUAUGACAGAAACGCCUUCGUCUGCAAGCUCACGCUGUAG